AUGGACGCCCUCCGACAAAAGGAGCGGACGCCCCAGGACCUGGGUCCCAGGGCGAGUCUCCUGGUGGACAAGCACGUCCAGUACAUCGUCGACUUCGCGCUCAGCGAGGGCAGCCUGGAGCACAUCCUGACCGAGCACUUCAAGAUGAGCGGCAUCUACUGGUCGCUUGCGGCACUCUACCUGCUGGGCGCUCUGGACCGGCUGGACCGCGACAAGAUCAUCGAUUGGGUGCUCUCCUGCCAGCACGCAUGCGGUGGCUUCGGCGCCAGCGAGCGGCAUGACCCGCACUUGCUGUACACGCUGAGCGCCGUGCAGAUCCUCGCGCUGUACGACAGGCUGGAUGCAUUGGAUGCCGGCAGGGUGGCGGCCUACGUGGCGGGGCUGCAGCGCGAGGACGGGGCAUUCGCGGGGGACGGCUGGGGCGAGGUGGACACGCGGUUCUCGUACUGCGCCAUCAGCUGCUGUUCGCUGCUGGGGCGCCUGGACGCGAUUGACGUGCCGAAGGCGGUGGAAUUCGUGCUCAGGUGCGGCAACUUCGAUGGGGGCUUUGGGGCCACUCCAGGGAACGAGUCCCACUCUGGUCAGAUGUUCACAGCCGUCGGGGUGCUAAAGAUCGCUGGUGCAGAGGACCGUCUGGAUGCUGACCUCACCUGUUGGUGGUUAAGCGAGCGGCAGACGCCUUCAGGGGGCCUCAAUGGCCGUCCAGAGAAGUUGCAGGACGUGUGCUAUUCCUGGUGGUGUCUUUCAUGCUUGCAUAUGUUGGGACGCGGCCACUGGAUAGAUGAGGAUGCACUGAGCAGGUUCAUCCUGCACUGUCAAGACGAGGAGCGGGGAGGCAUAUCUGACAGGCCUGAUGACAUGGUGGACGUUUUCCACACCUUCUUUGGGGUGGCUGGUUUGUCGCUGAUGGGCCAUCCGGGGUUGAAGGAGAUUGAUCCCGUGUAUGCGUUGCCAGUGGACGUUGUGGAACGCGUGAGGAGAUGGAAUGCAAGCCAGACUGGAGCAUGA